AUGUGCUGGCCCUCACGACGAGACAGGAGCCAGCAGCUGGAUGGCAAUACGCAGCACUACAAUGCGCGUCCCGUGCCCAUGGCCCAGUGCCGUGACAGGCAACUGAAACCCAGUACGCUGCCGCCGCAACCGCAAAAGGAGCGCAACCACGGGUAUUCGUCCGGUUACGGAGGUGGGGGUGGUUCGUAUGGUAGUGAUGGUGGUUAUGGUGGCUAUGCUGCUUAUAGUGGUUAUGGCGGUUACAGUGGUGAUGGUGGUGAUGGUGGUGGUGAUGGUGGUGGUUGCGGAGGCGGCGACGGAGGUGGUGGAGGUGGAGGAGAUGGAGGUUGCUAG